UACAGUUUGUCCUUUUUCCAGGAUAAUAAACACUGGGAACCUGGAGACAAGUGACAAUUCUCUAAUGACCAGCAGUUGUACGUUACCCCGCAAGCACUCGUGGGCGAACGACCUGGAUGAGAACCCUGGCCCACCGAUAGCUGACCUGGUUAAGCUGGCCCGUAGGACUGGCGUGAGUCUGGACGGAUUGGAUGGGCCGGACUGGGACCUGAAUCUGCAGGACUCGGAAGAGGAGCUGGAGGACAGUCAGGUGUUGGACGAGGAGAGCUACGAGCGGGAGUUGCGGUUCAACAACACCGUGCGCGAGAUCUUCCUCACACGAUUCGUCCACAUAUUCGCCUCCUAUGAGCACUUUGUCAUCCAGCCCAGCCAGUCCACUGAUCGGGAGCAGUGGCUAAGCAAUCGUGAGUCCAUGCAGAAUUUUGACAAAGCUACGUUCUUGUCAGACCAACCACAACAGCACCUGCCGUUCCUCUCACGCUUCAUUGAGACUCAGAUGUUUGCCACUCUGGUGGACAACAAGAUCCUGAGUGCCUGGGUCAAGGUAGAGCCCCACCUCAGGGUCUUCGACAGGAGGAUCAAACUGCUCAGGAAGCGGUACGGAGAGAAUGUAGCACGCUCACCUUGCUACGAACGUUGCACCUCUUACCAUGACUCCCAGAGACUGUUGGACAAGCGUCUGGUCUCCGUAGACCACCAGGUGGCACCACCACGGGAGCUGCUGACCAACCAUGUGACACGACACACACGUGCUGCAUUUCCCCUACUCGACUCGGUUCUGCUGAACCAGGAGCCGACACUUAGGAACCGAAAACGUAGCAGUAGUGUGCAGUGGCGGCCACCGAGAGGGCAGCUGUCUCAUUCUCUGUCAAGUGUCUCCUUGGACCAGCUGGACACUGCUCCUGCCUCCACCCCUGUCCCAGCCUCCCGUCACUCACCCAGCGAGGCUCGCCCUCUCGGCACCUCCCUCAAACCCAAGCCCACGCCAGACAUGAGUCCAGCACUCAUAGCGCAGACCAACUGGAACUUUGUCGAGAAACUGCUCAAGGAUUGCAAGGCCAAAACUAAGCGGAUGCUGGUGGAGAAGAUGGGCAACGAGGCAGUGCAGCUGGGACACUCGACGCAGACAUCUCUUGUAGAGGAAAACACGCUGAUAGCCAGCCUCUGUGACUUGCUGGAGCGGAUCUGGUCACAUGGCCUCCACACCAAGCAGGGCAAGUCAGCAUUGUGGUCACACUUGCUCAACUACCAGGAGCUAGAAGAGUGCAACGACACCAGCAAGCCUAUCGAUCCCAACUUCCUCACCCCAGCUUUGGCUUGGGUUGUCCUCCGCAAACGACUUGAUUAUCUGUCAAGCAUGGCGCUAGAGACAACUUCACCUGGUGUGGAGACUAAGAGCACACGCAGCCGCUCGGAGACGCGGACCAGCAACACUCGACGACUCAGUGAAGAGAGCCACCCUCAGCCCACCCUUCGCCCCCUGCCCUGCUCUCUCACCUUUGACAUGAGGAGUGUUCAAGCAAUGACAGACAUUAAGACUCACAUUGGUUAUGCGAGAGCUUGGGUUCGACUCGCAUUAGAGAAAAAGUUGCUUUCAAGACAUCUUAGAACUCUCCUCAGCGACUCGGCUUUACUCAGGAGCCAGUACAAGCGGUAUGCUUUCCUGAGGUGUGAAGAGGAGAAGGAGCAGUUCCUUUAUCAUCUACUGACCCUUAAUGCAGUUGAUUACCAUUGCUUCACCAACACCUACACCAACACAAGGAUACCUUACCGUGUGGCUAUCUUCCCAUCCCAGAAGAGCAAUGCUGCCACCACUUCUGCCAAUUGUUGGCUCACGGUGUCUGGCAGUAACGGAGAGACUCAAAGAGUUCCGAUCCCACGUGGUGCUCUCGAGUUCGUCUUUCACGUGAGUAUAAAUUUUAAAAAUAAGUUCUCAUCGUAGUGAAACGGAAACAGCAUAUGAUGAUUAUCACUGAUGGCCACUGUGUGUGCUUCCUCCAUAAACAAGGAUAUAGUGGGAAGUACGACAUGGUCUUUUUGUGGGCUUAACAGGAAAUUUAUCAGAUCGUAGAUAUGGAUACAAUGAAUGUCGUCAUAAAUGUAAUGAUAAAUUACAUCAUAGAUACAGAGUAACUCAGCUCAAUUU